AUGAAAUGGUGCUUAUUGACGCUCGUGUUUUGGAAUUGGACGAAAAACGGCUUGGAAGUAUUUGACAUCAAGCAACAGAUCAAGAAGGCAAGUGGCGUGGAAAGGUAUACUCUUGUUGGCCAACUACGAAGCAAACAAAAAGGGUACGCGGAAGUUAUGAUCAACCUUGGAAAAGUAAAAACAACAUUGGCAAACCUUAGAAGUGACAAAUAUCUUAUCCGACAGAUGAUCCAAAAUGCACCCACUAAAAAAAGAAAGAAACCUAUAGCAUUCUCCCCUUCAGCAAGUGCAACUGCGAGUACAAUAACGGAAACGAUGGUAGAUGGCAAGAGCUAUCCAAGUAUCCAAAAUCCUGCCUGCGAGGAUCUUCAACAAAUAUCGACCUCCGUAACUACAGCAAUAUUCCUGACGAAGAUAUAA